ACUGCUUAAAUUGCAGCUGGCAACACUGUCUGCUACAGCUUUUGCGCAAGCGUUUCGCACUUUAUUGAGAUGGAUUCCGACCCACAGCACAAAUAUCGCAAAAAUCAAGUAAAUGGCACCCUUUAUGUGACCACCUGCCUGUAUUUGGAUCCACGCAGGGUUGCCGAGCUGGAAACAGGCGCUGAUGAGUUGUUUCUAACUCACAUUCACAAGCGCACCACGGCGGACCACAUCAUGCAGGUGGCAGUUGAGCUGGGCCCUGUGUACACGCUGCGCUUCAAGGUGGACUUCUCGGGCUGCAGUCGUGGCUAUGCCUACCUUCAGUACGUCGAUAAAAUGCACAAAUCGGUGCUAAUGGAAAUGCUGCAGCGUUGCUUUCGGCGCGAGAAAUUGAGAAUUCAUGUGCGCGAGUCACGCAAUCGCAGAGAUCUCCUCCUCAGCAACGUCCACCACCUGACACCGCUGCAGGUGCAUCAGGAACUGCGCCUGGUCAGCCACUAUGUGAAGCUCUGCGUGUACGAGUAUGAGCCCAAGCGCUACAUCUAUGUCGUAAAGUAUCGGAACAAUGACGAGGCGGCCAUGGCGCAUCACAAGCUGCGCAACAAAGUGGGAUGCUUCGGCCUGGAUGCGUGUAUCGAUUGGCUGGACAAGGGUCAGGUGCUGAAGGACCUGAACGUGCAGCAGAGCUGCUGUGUCCAGCUGUCGCGCGACUCUGACCACCUCCAAGCCAGUGCCAACAGCUGCCGUUGCUUCCGUAUUUAAGUGCAAUCCUUAUAUUUGAUAUAUGCAAAUGAGAGAAAAACCAACUUUAAUUAUACGUUUCCUGCUUUUGUGAUUAUAA